ACCAGUAGACGCUGAAUGGAUUGUUAUCCAUUGUAUUGUUAUUUUUGCCAAUGAGAUCAGGUAUUUUACUGAACACAGCAGUCAGGAUUAAAUUACAACAUUCAGACUCUUUGUUGCACCCGUGGAGUCGCCCCCUGUUGGUUAUUUGGCAGGAUGCAGUAGCUAUACUGGACUGACUCCAGAAAUCAACCCUGGAGAUUUUCCUGUGAUCAGUUUCCAGAUCUCUACAUGCUGGACUCUGUCUCAGCGGAGGACUCUGAAGUGUCGGUGUGAAGAGCGGUCUCUAACAGGAUGAGUUUCCAUCAAACGUUUUGUGUGGGAAGACUUGAUUGACAAGGUAAUCGCCCGCCACCUGAAAUGAGAGCGUGACUCAGUCAGGAUUAUGUUAGCGGAGUGAUUUAGAGUGACAGCCUGUCAGGAUGAAGACAGAGGAGCAGAGAUCAAAUCACACUCCAUCUCUAACCCUCAACAUCUCUGCAGCUGGAAACCAUCAGACUCCAUCCAUAAAAGAUAAUCAAGACACAAAAUAAUCAAUAUAACCUCCGUCUUCAUCCUCCACUCCUGAGCCGCUCUCUGCGCUGAAGAGAAUAACAAGCAGACUUCACAAUAAAUGGAUUCCCCGCGGCUUUUCAUCACAGCGAGAGGAGAAAACACACACCCACUCAGAGGCAAAACAUGCACAAUUACACACACACACACACACACACACACACACACACACACACACACACACACACACGCUCUCAGCUGAAAUCAGAGGACAUGGUGUCCUGAAUUGUUGAGCAGCAUGUUGAACUGUUCUUUGAAAUCUGCCUCUGGCGUCCGGUUUCAUCAGCAUUCAGAGGAGCGUCUGCAGACGGAGUCGAACAGACGAUUUGAUAUUCUUGUCGUUUGUUUGAUUCGGAGACGAUUCAACACUCAGAGCUGAACGAGAACUUCUUCUAGAUACAGUCAGACUCAGAAAACGACGUGUCAGAGAUGAGCUGAUGACUUCUUCUUUAUUUUGAGCGCCUUCCUCCGUCUACAUGAGUCUGCAUGAGGCCUCCGGACUUCUCCUUCGAGGGGGAACGGAGUCGUCUGCAUACAUCAUAUCAUGACUUGUCAGAAAAGUGCAUUAACUCUGGUCAGACUUUGAAUGGGACCCUCUCUCUGUUUAACGGACACAGCUGGAGUCAGUGUGGAGCUAAUCUUAGCUUCCUGUUCGACAUAUUUACGACUCUGAAUUUCACGGGGAAAGUUCGGGGUUUUCCCUGAAGUCUCUGAUACAAGCAGAGGUUUUCAUCUUUAUGGAUGAGCGCAGACUUUACGACUUUGACUUUGGGUUUUGUCCUUCUUGUGGUGUCUACUCCGGGGCAUGGUGCUUAAAAUGAAGUACAGUGAAGAUAAAACAGUCGAUAAAAGUUUUAUUUCCUGAUCCGAUCAGCUCCACUCUCCUGUUAGAUUAAAGUUCUGAUGAUCACCAGAAUGACCAACUUAUCGCUUCACAAGGAGUCAUAGAAAAAAAAGAUGACUUUAAUUUGGCGAGGUCCACUUCUUAUCUCUUCUUCUACUCUUUAAAACUAAGAAUGCAGCUUCUAUGAUUUCCAGUUCUUCGUUGAAACGAAGCGUGGACUUACUUAAGACAUUUCUGAGGACGCAGAAUCUAUGAUUUCCAAUUCUACGAUGAAGGGGCAACUGGACUAUAGAGUGUUUCUGAGGAUGGAGCAUCUAUGAUGUCCAGUUCUUCAUUGAAAGGAAGAGUGGACUAACUUGAGACAUUUCUAAAGGAAACAGCAUCUAUCAUUUCCAGUUCUUUGUUAAAAGGACAAUUUGAGUAUAUAGACAUUUCUGAGGAUGCAGCAUCUAUGAUUUCCAGUUCUUCGUUGAAAGGACAGCUUGCCCUACUUGAGACGUUUCUAAAGGAAACAGCAUCUAUGAUCAACUCUUUGUUGAAGGGACAGCUGGACUUACUAGAGACAUUGCUGAGGAUGCAGCAUCUAUGAUUUCCAACUCUUCGUUGAAAGGACAACUGUACUUAGUUGUAGACGUCGCUAAAGGAAACAGCAUCUAUGAUUUCCAAUUCUUUGUUCCAAGGACAAUUGGACUAUAUAGAUGUUUCUGAGGAUACAGCAUCUAUGAAUUCCAGUUCUUCAUUGAAAGGACAGCUGGACUUACUAGAGACAUCACUGAGGAUGCAGAAUCUAUGAUGUCCAGUUCUUCGAUAAAGGGGCAACUGGACUUAGUUGAGAUGAUUCCGAGGAUGCAGCAUCUAUGAUUUCUAAUUCUUUGUUGAAAGGACAAUUGGACUGCGGUGAUUUCCUCUCCAGAGUCCUGUCUCUGGACCAUCCAGUCCUUGUUUUGGUCCUUGUGUGGUGAACCUCUUCCCUCUUUCCGUCUAAGAUUCUCCGCCUCUCUGAAAGUCAUUUUUCGACGCAGUCAUGUGACUAACCUGUCUGACAGGUUUGUCGCCUCAUUGGUCAGAGAUGUUCCUCCAGAGGGUUUGAGUUUUAAAACAAUUAAAAUCUGUGUUUAACCGACAUGUUUCACAGAUUUUUAAAAACCUUCAUCUGAAUAUUCAGUCGUCUGAUUAUUAAAGAGAAACUGAUGAAGAGUGUCGGUGCUGCAGUUGGAUGAAGAUCGGUGUGUGUGAGUGUGUGAACGCCUCCUCAGCUCAUUAACAAUUAAUAGAAACUCUAUCUGCUGCAUUGAGAUGAAGAGGGGUACAUCUCCAUGGCGAUGACCCCCCAGGACUGAACACAAACACAGAGACUUCCUGCCCGGUCGGACUGAUAGACGGUGAGCAGGUCGGUGUUGGAGGCAGAGCAGCAGCAGAAUCAUCAUGCACAGGUCGUACCAGCCGCUGAAACCCGUCACCAACCGCUUCCUGCAGCAGAGAUGGGACCAGAACGACUUCGACAACCACCGCAGGAAGGUGAGGGGGGGGUCUGAGGUCUUUACAGACAGGUACUGGUUCUGGUUUGUCAGGCUGAAGACUAGACUUAGAUAUGAUGUGAUGGGCGGGACGUGUGAUCGACUUUAACGAAGACCAAACUGUCCACUGAGUCUGAGGAUCGUGUGUCUUCACGUAGAGAAACCCAGUGAACCAACAACAGAACCUCUGGACUCAUGUGAGGCCUGGAGGCUGACCCGUGUGUCAGGGUGUCCAUGCUGAGUCAAACUCCUGGUACAGAACAUCAGAACUGGUCCAAAGAGAGAUGGAAGAAAGUGGACCAAGGUGGAAGGACCAGGAGUUGACUUGGUCUCUAAAUCCUCCAGAAUGAUGUAUUAUCCUUUUUAUUCCAGUGUUUGUUCACCGUGUCAUAUUCAUUUAUAUAACAGCUGAGUCUACUGGAGCUGACUCCUCUGGACGUGGAGGAGCAGCGGUUCUCCUCUGAGCUCCUCCCGAGUGUCCGAGCUCCUUACCCUAUCUCUAAGGCUGAGCCCGGACACCCUGAGGAGGAAACCCAUUUCAGCCGCUUGUAUCUGCGAUCUUGUUCUUUCGCUCAUUACCCAAAGUUCAUGACCAUAGGUGAGGAUCGGCAAGAUCCCGAGAUACUUGAACUCCUUCCCUUGAGGCAGGACCUCCCCUCCGACCUGGAGGAGACAAUCCACCUUUUUCAGACUGAGGACCAUGACCUCGGACUUGGAGGUGCUGAUUCGCAUCCCAGCCGUUUCACACUUGAACCGCCCCAGCAAGAGCUGAAGGUCACUGCUCGACGAAGUUAGAAGAACCACAUCAUCCACUAAUAGAUUAAUUUUAUAUAUAAACAUAUAAAAUCAGAAGAAAGUGCAGUUUGAGUUUCCAACAUGUUGGCCCCCCGUCCUCUGGGCUUAUGAGGGGGACGUCACAGAGACCACUGGGUCAGGGUUUCAUUCUGUCUUUGCUUUGCUCACUUCCACACUGUGUCCGUGUUUACCUGUCCAGGUGAGCACUGCCCUGCCGUUAGUGGACACCAAAGGGAUGAAGACACCUGCUCACGUCCAGCUCAAACUGAAGAAACUCCAGGUCAGUGUCUGAUCUUCAUUCUGGUUCCUGAAGUGAACUCUGUCCCUCAGUCCGUCCCUCAGUCCGUCUCUGUCUCUGAUCCAGCUGCAGGACGAGCGUCUGUCCAUCAUCCACAGAGAUAACCGCCUCCUGGCCUCCAGACUGGCCUCUAUCGUCCGUUCUCAGGGUCUGGUGGACCACAGAAACCAGUACCACCUGAAGAGGUGAGACCCUGACCACACACAGACCUCUCUGUUUGUCCUUCCUCCUCCUCCUCCUCCCUCAGAGCUCGUUAACACGACCAUGAGGACUCAGGAGCUCCUGUUGGACUCUCUUUAAAUAAUGGAUGUGAGCGGUCCUGCUCGGUUACGGGGCUGAAUUAUUGAUCCGUCUGUGUGUGUGUGUGGGGGGGGUGGUGGUCUGGGAUUUCUAGACUGAUGAAUCUUUGUUCUUUAAAUUAGAGUCAUGAAACUUUCAGAAAACUUUGUCUUCAGGUCAUCGUCACGACAACAAAGUUUCGAUGAUCCAAAGUCAUCAAACUGGACCGGGUCUUCAGAUUUCUUACAAAUGAAAGAUAACGAGAAAAUAAGUAAGGGUCAUGUUGAUUGGCUGGAUUGUUUACGUUUUAAGUAGCCUGAUUAAAGGGAUAUUCUGGAGUAAAAUUAAUUUAGAGUCAAACCCACCGUAACACCGAGUUAGACCCCCCCUCCAGAGAUGAAUGUUGCUUCUCUAGUUAUACCAACUUUAGUAACGAACAAGCGUCUGCUGGAAGAGAGUAGGUGAGUUGUGUUUAGUCUCUUUGCUAAAGAAAUGAGUCAAAGUUAAAAAGAUGUUUGUUGUCUAGUACUAUGGCUGUGACCCUAUAUGUACUAACCUUAGUAGAUCAUGGUGUAGUUCCGUUCAGUAACAGAACCUCAUUGGAAAAUUAGCUGAUUUAACUUUACUGUGCUCUUUUUCAAAUAUAUUAACUCGACAGCACAUAAAUCCAUACCUGUUAACAAAAUCAUGAUUUUAUUGAUAAUUCGGCUCAAUAAAAACACCUUUACCUUUUCAUUUUACUGCAGUAGAAGUUUAUUGGCCCAGCUUAUAGACUACAGAAGUGGAGAAACGCUUUAAGUUGAGGUUUGUUUAUGGCUCCUCAGACCUCUCUGUAUUACUAUCCUGCGGUCGUUACUAAAGUUGGUAUAACUAGAGAAGUAAGCGGUCGACAACAUUCAUCUCUGGAGGGGCGGGGUCUAACUCGGUGUUACGGCGUGUUUGACCCUAAAUUAAUUAAGAAUGUCCCUUUAAGACGAUAUUUGGUACUGAAGGUGUCUUUGAAAUCCUGAGAAUCUCUCUUUACUCAGGAGAUGAUGGAGAAAUUAGAUCAGAGAGAUGGUCUCUCCAUAAAAGUUCGUCACUCUGUAGCUUCUGUAGGUUGAAAGUGUUCGAUCAAUAUCAGUCAGACUUCAUUUGUAGAACUGUUAAAAUGUGAAACGAAGAAGAAAAUCUGGAUUCAUGUGCAGGUUUCAAACAAGAAAACUAAACAGACUGAUGGACCUCUCGUCCUUCUCUUCAGUUUGAACGCCGACAAAAGGAGGGAGGAGCUUAUGCUGGUUGGCCAUCAGAAUCAGGCCAUCUACCAACGAAUCACGGCGCGUCAGUCGGAGUACCGCCGCCAGCUGUGGUUGGAUGACUGGGAGAGGGCGGAGCGACGGCGGGACGAUAUCUCCAGGUACCCCCGAGGACUCGCUCAGAAACAGGUGAGUCAUCAGGUGAAAACAGAAGCUGCUGAUCCGUUCAUAGAGACUCGAGGAACUCCUGCGUGUUUGUGUCCGCAGAGGUCCAACAGGAAGGUGAAGUUUGCAGCUGUGGACGGCGGCGGCGGCGAGCGAUCGACGAGCAGCAGUAACAUCGACACCGACAGGACCGACACGACUGAGGAGGCGGACAGAGAAUCCUGAACCUGAAAUCCUCCUCAGAUCUGGUUCAUGUUCCAUAAAAACAAACUUUGAGUUAAUUUAAACAAAAACAGUCGAGGUUCCAGACGUCAAAAACAGGUUUUCAACUUUUUACUGACUGUUCAGUGUUUUCUGGACUUUUACAUUUAUGGGUGAUGUUUGACUUUGGGGCUCUAUGGGGAUCGGCUCACUUUUGGACACACCCUCCAGUGGAUGUUUGAGGUACUGCAGCUUUUUAAAUUCAGGCGUUUCCUCCUCGCUGCUUCACUGACUUAUCAAACCUCUCUGCCUUGAAUCUUUCCAUCCUUACAGGUGAAUCAUGCUGUGAGUGUUUAAGGAGCUUUUGUGUCUACUCUGUAGUUUUUCAGAUUUUAAUCUAAUAAAAUGAUUUUUUUUUUUUUAAAGCAGCUGUUUGUUAUUUUCCAUCAUUAACGUGGACACAUUGAGUUUGGAAAAAAACUUGGAUGCUGUUUUCUUAAACACAGAUUUAGUCUUCAAAUAAAAAAACAUACCAUGUUG